AUGAUACAGAUCCGUAACCAACAAGAUCUCGAUUAUGUAAUUCAAUUACAUGAAAAAGCUGGUAGUAAACGUCGAAUGAGACUUAUACUUUCACAAAAAAGAGAUAAUUAUUCCGAAAAUUCUGGCCCUCCAUUAACUCCACAUUCACCUAUCUCUUGUGGUGUUUUUACUGUUCCAAAUGGUUUUGCAGAGACAACAUUAUCUGAAACUUCUUCUCUUUGGUCAUUAAUCAGCAGUUCCUCUACAAAAAGAACACCCGGAGGAACACCUAUACGAUUUUGUGGGAAACGGGGAGAGACUUCUUCCUUAGAUGCAGAGAGGUUAUCUGACACCCCCACACCAAGAGUACCUAAUAAUUGGCGUGAAGGACGGUGUCUUGGCCGUGGAGCAUAUGGCCAUGUAUUUGUUUGUUUAGAUGUUGACACUGGAGAACAAUUGGUAGUCAAGAAAAUUUAUUUGAGAGGUCACCAACAACGAAGCCGAGUAAUGGCAACAUUAGAAAAUGAAUUAAACAUGUUGGGCACUUUAAAACAUCCAAAUAUUGUCCAAUAUGUUGGGAUAGUUGAAAGGACAGAUUGUGUUAAUAUUUUUAUGGAAUUAAUGGCUGGGGGAUCUUUGAAAGAUCAGAUAAGCGAGUAUGGAGCAUUAAGCGAACAAAUGAGCAUUCUCUUUACUUCCCAAAUUCUUGCUGGUUUAGCAUAUUUACACUCAAAGGACAUUGUUCACAGAGAUAUUAAACCUGCAAAUAUUUUACGUCAUACAAGUGCUCGUGUUAAAAUUGGGGACUUUGGAUCAGCUAAAUUUCUCCAGGCAAUUUGCAGUGAACAAGGAAUUGAUAUUCAAGGAACUCCUCAUUAUACAGCUCCAGAAAUUAUUCGUUGUGACCGUCGUUAUGAGCCUAAAUCUGACGUUUGGAGUGUUGGGAUCACUUUAGUCGAAAUGUUGACAACACAAACACCUUGGGCAGGUAUAGAACCAUUUGCCAUUCAUGUCAGAACUAUGCCAGAACCGUCAUUGCCUAAUGGGCUUUCUUUGGCGUUAAUUGAAGCGAUUAAUUUAAUGUUAAAAAGAAAACUUGAGGAAAGGCCAACAGCCCUAGAAUUACUUGGAAUUAAACCAUUUUGUAGUUCUGAUGAACGAUUAGAUGUAGUAGAGGAGGCAAAGGAAGGGAGAGGAGUAAUUUUGAAAAUUGGUCAUAAUGGGUAA